AUGUCUUCAAACGGCAAUAGCAAUAACGGUGGCACUACACCUCCAAACGAAUCCUCUCGACCUCGUCGUGGUUCCAUCACUGCACAAACAUUCACCAAUAUCUUUCGUUCAAACAGUACAUCUGCCGGAGGUCCGGUCGGUCCUAUUAGCACAGGCGCAUCUCAAGAUCAUAAACGAAGAAUGUCAAUUUCUACACUUGGUUUAUCUGGUGCGGGUGCAUCUCCAACACAAUCCUCGGCGUUUCCUUUUGGUUGUCGACGUGGUAGUGUAUCAACUACAGCUUCUGAAUCAAUUGACGAAAGUGCCAUUGAUGAUGAAGAUGGACCUUCUAGAGGUACACCAACUACACCUUUUGCACGUCGUAUGUCAUUUGGUGCUCAAGCACUUCGAACAGUUCGUACGGGUAAUGGUAGCCCAGGCACAAAUGGUAGAACUCCUUCUUAUACUACUUCUACAUUAUCCCCAAUUCCAGCAGGUUCACAAGGUGGUGGUAGAGUAACCCCACCAGGAACUCAGUCUCUACAGGCAAGCACGCAAUCAAAACCCAGAACUCCCUCUGACUUUGCUUCUUCUGCUCGUCCAGGUGAAGGCGGUUUCAACUGGUCUGAGCAGCUUAGAUCUCGUGCCGAGAGCCAAGUCUCUCAAUCCCAACGUCCGAUCAUGUCAACCUCUCCCCCAAAUAGUCAAAGAUUCAAUGUUCCAAUGCAUGAGCGAGCCAAGAGUAUUGGUGACGCCCCAGCUCCACCCACUUCCGUCAUUCCUCCUGUCGCGGCACCAAAGCCAGCUCGAAAGCAACCAGAUGCCUUCCAAGAACGUAUUUUGAAGGGUGAUUUCUACAUGGAUUGA